UAUAGAAGACGCAGCAGAAUUUCAUUUUCGUGGAGAAACAAAACGGGCACCUCUUUACGAUUGGGCGAUCAGCAGCGUGCGCGUCGCUCGCAGCCCCUCGGUCAGCACUGCUCCAGUUCUGCUGGGCCAGCACCGCGCCGGGGACUGGGUCAGGCAGGGCUGGCUCUGCUCGCCCCGCUAGUAUUGCUCCUGAUUUCGUGCCACCCGCAACGUCGCCAUCUUCACGAAAUUUGAGACCGCGUGUCGUAGAAGCGUCGCGUCCUCCCGUCUCUGUGCGCGAAACCCGCCCCCUGCACUGGCACUCCGAAACUGAAGUGGACCGCCGGGUCGGCGAGGAUGAGGGUCUCGGGAACCUGAGCCCAGGUGGGGUUGGUGGCCAAGCGGCCCGGCGUCACCAUGGUGUCCCCCGUGCGGCUGAUGCCGCGGCUGCUGCGUCACAACGACCGCUUCGGGACCGGCGCCAGGAUCACCGCGAGCUACGGCCCGGGCUUCCUCUUCAUCCUGCUCACCAGGCUCGCCCUCGUGGCCUUCCGCCCCGACAUCGUGGACCGAGAGAACCGGCCGCGGGACACGCCCCUGGCCAGGAUGCGCGCCAGCUACGACUUCAUCGUGGUGGGCGGCGGCACGGCCGGCUGCGUCCUGGCUAACAGGUUGUCGGAGAACCCUGCGUGGACGGUGCUGCUGUUGGAGGCGGGCGGCGACGAGCAGUACAUGUCGGACGUGCCGCUGGUCAUGCCCUCGCUGCCCAACUCGCCUCUGGACUGGAAGUUCAAGACGGAGCCGCAGCCCCACGCCUGCAAGGCCUUUAUCGAGUCCAGGUCGUCGUGGCCGCGCGGGAAGGUCCUGGGCGGCUGCAGCACCAUCAACGGCAUGCUCUACAUCCGCGGCAACCGGCGCGACUACGACGGCUGGCGUGACCAGGGCUGCCCGGGCUGGGGCUACGACGACGUGCUCCCCUACUUCAAGAAGAGCGAGGACGUGCGAGUGCACGAGCUGCGCGCCUCCCCGUACCACGGCGUCGGCGGCGAGCUCAACGUCGAGCACUACAAGUACUACUCGCACAUCGCCGAGGACUUCCUCGAGGCCGGCCGGGAGCUCGGCAUCCGCGUUGGGGACGUCAACGGCGAGGUGCAGUCGGGCUUCAUGAAGUCGCACGGCACGCUGCGGCAGGGCCUCCGCUGCUCGGCGUCAAAGGCGUUCCUCCGGCCGGCGUCCAAGCGGCCCAACCUGCACGUCAGCAUGUUCUCGGCGGUGCAGCGCAUCGUGGUGGUGGACGGCCGCGCCGCGGGGGUCAUCUUCCGGAAGGCCGGGCGGCCGCGGCUGCAGGUCGCCCUCGCCAACCGGGAGGUGCUGCUGGCCGCCGGGGCCGUGCAGUCGCCGCAGCUGCUCAUGGUGUCCGGGGUGGGGCCCGCCGCCCACCUGCGCGCCGUCGGCGUGCCCGUGGCCGUGGACUCCCCGGGCGUCGGCGGCAACCUCCAGGACCACGUGGCGCUGGGCGGGACGGCCUACCUCAUAGACUCGCCGCCCCACGCCGGGCCCAUGGGCGAGGUGUUCGUGCUGCCCAGGGCCGCCACGCUCAACACGCUCCUGGGCUUCAUCACGGGCUCCGGCGGGCCCAUGUACGCCUGGCCGCAAGGCGAGGUCAUGGGCUUCAUCAGCACCAAGUACGCCAACCAGUCCGACGACUGGCCCGACGUGCAGCUCUUCCUGGCCAGCUCGUCGGACGCGUCCGACGGCGGCGUCUUCAACAUGCGCAACCUGGGCGUGACGGACGAGGUGUACGCCAGCGUGUACGAGCCCAUCCUGUACCGCGAGGCCUACUCCGUGGUGCCGCUGCUGCUGCGGCCGCGCUCCCGGGGCACCGUGCGACUGCGCAGCCCGGACAUGGCCCAGCCGCCCCUCAUCGACCCCAACUACCUCGCGGACCCCAGGGACGUCGAGAUCCUGGUGGAGGGCGCCAAGGCGGGAUACCAGCUGAUGGGGACUCGCGCCAUGCGAGCGCUCAACGCCACGCUCAACCCCUUCAAGUUCCCCGCCUGUGCUCACCUUCCGCACCCUUCGGACGAGUACUGGGCGUGCCAGGCCCGGCAGUACUCCAUGACCAUCUACCAUCCGGUGGGCACGUGCAAGAUGGGCCCCGCGCACGACCCGCUGGCCGUGGUGGACCCCCGCCUGCGCGUGUAUGGGGUGGUGGGGCUGCGCGUCGUGGACGCCUCCGUCAUGCCCAACAUCCCCAGCGGCAACACCAUGGCGCCCGUCAUCAUGGUGGCCGAGAAGGCCGCCGACAUGAUCAAGCAGGACUGGAACGCGCCCUGGACGCCACCGGACACCCCGCGCCACCCCAUAUACCACGGCCGAUAUGACGCGUAGAUUAGUAGUACAAAGCAUCUAGUAUUCAACAUUUAUUUGUAAUAAGUAGUAAGGUAUCCUAAUUAUUUAUUAUCAGAAUUUUGUAUUGUAAACUAUUUAUUUUAAUGUGAUAAACAGGAAUCAGCUGACAGUCUACAGUAAAUUCAAUAAAACAAAGUGAAUCGAA